AUGAGACAGGAGGGAGUUCUUGGGGAGCCUACUGGAUUUGGUGCUAGAGAUUUCCAGGGGUCUGGUGGUCUCACAGAGUUUCAGUACAAAGUGGUGGAGUCUGACUAUCGCCAGUAUGUAGAAAAGUGUUAUGAGUUUGGGAAUGGGUGCACAUGGUUGAUUAGGCUAAGUCUCUGGCAGCGCAAGAGUAUUUGGGAGGUAAAACGGUACAACGGACCUCAUACGUGUCUUGCGACGUCCAUCUCUAGCGACUACAGGAUUGGGUUCAGGCCGACUUAUAUGAGGGUUUGGUUGGUGAAGCAGAAGGUUAUCGCCCAUAUCUAUGGUGAUUGGGAUGAGUCAUACAACGAGCUGCCGCGGUGGGUGUUAGGAGUUCAGUUGACGAUGCAUGGUAGUGUUGCAGUCCUUAGGACGAGUCCUGUUCGAGUUGGGGGCCAGGUCGAUGGCUCGCAAGCAUAUUUUCACCAACUUUUCUGGACGUUUCCACCAUGUAUUAAGGCAUUCCGGCAUUGUAAACCGUUGGUGAGUAUUGACGGCACCAACUUGUAUGGUAAGUAUGGGAGAACGUUGCUCGUCGCGAUUGCACAGGACGGGAAUUCCAACAUCCUGCCUGUUGCAUUUGCACUCGUGGAGGGUGAGAAUGCGGAGUCCUGGGCGUUCUUUCUUUUCCAUCUUCGUCAGCACGUGACCCUGCAAUCGGGUCUCCUGGUUUUAUCAAAUAGGCACAAUGUGAUAAAGGCUGCACUUGAGGCUCCCGACGGAGGAUGGCUACCUCCUGCUGCAUACCGUGCAUUCUGUAUUCGACAUAUGACAGCAAAUUUCGCCCUCACAUUCAAGGGAAAGGACGCAAGGAGGCUUCUUGUGAAUGCAGCUUAUGCGAAGACUGAGGUGGAAUUCGAUUACUUGUUUGAUAUACUGCGGUCUGAAGACCUUGCCAUGUGUGAGUGGGCGAACAGGAUUGAGUAUUCAUUGUGGACUCAGCAUCGGGAUGAGGGUAGGAAAUUCGGGCACAUGAUGACAAAUAUAUCCGAGUGUGUUAAUUCAAUCCUGAAGGGGGUCAGGAAUCUUCCGGUGUGCUCGCUCAUGAAGGCGACUUAUGGGAGGUUGGUAGAGCUAUUCAUUCGUAAGGGGAGAGAGGCAGAUGCCCAGCUAAGAACCGGACAACAAUUCAGUCAACAUCUAGUGAAGUGUAUAGAGGCCAAUCCGAAGAUGGCGAGGUGCUUCACGGUGACUUUGUAG